GCACCGCGGUACUGUGAAGUACUCUAGCGGAAGUGUUGGAAGGGCUGUGUGGGUGUGUGACAAAAUCUCCGAUUCUUUUUGUUUGAGUUCUCCGUUGGACCUCCCCCUCCUCUUUCUUUAUUUGCGAAGCACAAAUAUUUCGCGAUGGCGAAGAACACAUCAAGUUCGGCGUUCCGAAAGAUCGACAUAGACCAGUACAACGAGGACAACUACAAGGAGGAUGAGGCGCCGGACGCCCAGUCCAACGCGCAAGCCGGCCCCGACGAGCAAGAAGUGAAUCACCUGCUCAAUCAGGGAAAGAAUGUCGACGCCCUCAAGAUAAUCCUGAAGGCUGCACCCAUUGGCUCCAAGUGCCAGAGUGUAAAGGAUGCCACGAGCGCACUGGUGAUGCGGGUGCUGCUGGCGGUGAAGGCCAGCGAGAUCGAGAAGGCAGUGGGCUCCCUGGACCGGGACUCGGUGGACGUGCUGAUGAAGUACAUCUACCGGGGCUUUGAGAGCCCCUCCGAGGGGAGCAGCGGUCACCUGCUUGCCUGGCACGAGAAGGCCUAUGCGGCGGGUGGUGUGGGCUCCAUAGUGCGAGUCAUGACGGACCGCAAGAGGGUGUGACAUCCAGACGCAGCACCGGGGCUGCGCCUCCCUGCUCAAGAGCUGCCAGACCGACCGCCGCCUCUUCCUCCCCAUCGAGUUCUUCCAGGGUGCGGCCCAGACGCCGCCGAGGGUUCAUUGAUUCCACUUUUUAAGCCCGUUUCUCGCGACGCACGACGACUGUAAAUACGUGUGGCCAACUUGCAAGUUAUUUGAGGGCUGAAAUAAAGCUUGUUUUACCUUGUUGA